AUGCUCCUUUUACAAAACGCUGCUGAUACAUUGCCAUUGUGGAUUGGGUCGUUAGGAGAGAAGCCUCCAAGUCUAUGCGGGGCGAUUCCGGCAGAACCUAAUUACGUAUGUAAACAGGGGGACCUGGUUGCGGCACGAGUUAAAAGCAGUGAAGGCGACGACAACUGGAUUCUUGCCGAGGUUUGUAGCACUUCACCUUCUGGAAAAUACACGGUCGAAGACAUCGACGAGGAACAAAAGGAAAGUCAUGUGAUAACUCGCAAGAAGGUCAUCCCUGUUCCUUUGAUGCGAGCGCAUCCGACGUUGAACCCUGAAGCAAUUUUUCCAUUGGACGCUGAAGUUUUAGCCCUUUAUCCGCAAACCACGUGCUUUUAUAAAGGUGUUGUACAAAGUCCGCCAGCGAAACCAAAUGAUACCUACCUUGUUGCUUUCGAAGACAAUUCCUACCCUCAGGGCUUCUCUCAACCGCUGACGGUUCCUCAGCGUUACAUUGUUUCCUUCUAA